AGUAAUCUGUAAUCUGGGUGUCAUUUCUGUUCUACAUCCAGGCUGUAAUCAGAUCCCUGAGAGAAGCCUUCGCUCUGCCUGCUGAGUGACAGCAAGGGGGAGUAGCCUGAUUCAGUCUUUAUUGUUGCUCAACAUCACAUCGUUCAGCGCUUCUCUCUGCGCUGCAGAGAGCGCGGCGGGUCGGAGAUCAUGAACAGGGUGGCAGCAGGAGGAAGAAUCUGCUCUCAUUUCCUUUGCUUUUUAGCUGUAGUUAAAUGUGCAGCAACACAAGGACAAGAUCAGAGUCUUUUAUCGUGGAUUAUUGUGUCUACAGACUCAAAGACUGGAUUAGUUUCAUCUACAGACAGAGAGGAAGCUGCCUGAUGUGCAGAUCUCAGAGAUAAGGAUGGAGAACCAGACCCUCAGCAACACAAAUAUCUCUGGGUGUGUGGAUGAUGAACUGCUCCGGACGCCGCUGGCGGCGCUCUACUCCGCCAUCUUCAUCCUGGGUCUCCCUGGCAACCUGCUGGCUCUCUGGGUGUUUCUCUGCGUUCACUCCAAGAAGAACUCCAUGCGGGUGUUCCUCAUUAACCUGGCCUUGGCGGACCUGCUGCUGAUCGUCUGCCUGCCGUUUAGGAUCCAGUACCACGUGUCUGGGAACCAGUGGAAGCUGGUGGGCUGGCUGUGUAAGCUGGUGGGCUACCUCUUCUACAUGAACAUGUACAUCAGCAUCACUCUGCUGGGGCUGAUCAGCGUCGACCGCUACCUCAGGAUCUACGGCAGCGUCAGGACGCGCAGUAAGCUGCAGUCCCCGCUGCGGAGCAUGGUGGUCUGCGCCUUCGUUUGGUUGGUCUCCCUGGCUCUGAUGAUACCCGUGGUCGUUUAUGAAGAUUAUGAGGAAUCUACAGAAAAAUGUUUCCACUACAGGAAGACAGACGUAAGGAAAGCCUCCAUCAAACUCUUCAUAGUGGUUGUCUUCUGGCUGAUCUUCACUGCUCUCAUGGUUUCCUAUGGAAAGAUCGGCCAGAAGCUCCUAAAGAGAUCCCAUCAGAAUUCAAAUCUGCCUAAUGCGUCCCACUACAGCCGAAUCGCCAGGAAGUCCUUCUUCAUCCUGUUCGUGUUCAUCGUCUGCUUCGUUCCGUACCACAUUUUCCGAGGGUUUUACAUAAAAACCCAGAUCACAGACAGCAGCUGUUACUGGAGGAACCUGGCUGAUAAAUUCAAUGAGAUUUCUCUAGUAUUCUCUGCUUUGAACAGCUGCCUGGACCCCAUCAUGUUCUUUCUGCUGUCCGCCUCAGUGAGGAGGGAGGUGCGGCGCUUCAUGAACAGCAUGUUUCGAACCCGGGUCAGCAGUGAAGCCAGUGGGGGGAACACCACCUCAGAACUAGACAGCAGGAGACCUUCAAAGGACCCCAUGGUCAGAAACCUCACUGAGAGGGAAGAACGUUCAUGCAGCUCUAACUGAGCCCAGAGACGGCUCUGGGUGGUCCACCUUUGACCUGAAGACACCAUGGGGUCACCAUGGACAAGUCCAAAGGACAGGGUCACCACAGACAAGUCCAAAGGACAGGGUCAAAAGGACAGGGUCACCACGGACAAGUCCAAAGGACAGGGUAAAAAGGACAGGGUCACCACGGACAAGUCCAAAGGACAGGGUCAAAAGGACAGGGUCACCACAGACAAGUCCAAAGGACAGGGUCACCUCGGACAAGUCCAAAGGACAGGGUCACCAUGGACAAGUCCAAAGGACAGGGUCACCACAGACAAGUCCAAAGGACAGGGUCAAAAGGACAGGGUCACCACGGACAAGUCCAAAGGACAGGGUCAAAAGGACAGGGUCACCACGGACAAGUCCAAAGGACAGGGUCAAAAGGAC